GUCAAAAGUAAAUUCAUCAAAAAGUAAAUAAUAAUAAUUUGAGUUGUUACUUUGAAGUUAUUUUAUUAAUAAAUACUUAUUUUUCUACACGAGUUCUACACGUGAUGAUAUAAAAUGGUAGAACCAAUUUUUGAUUAUCAAUUUCGUUUAAUAUUGAUAGGCGACAGCACAGUGGGAAAAAGUUCUUUGUUGAAAUAUUUUACUGAUGGAAAAUUCGCAGAGCUUUCAGAUCCUACUGUAGGGGUUGAUUUCUUUGCCAGACUGAUAGAAGUGAAAGAUGGGACUAGAAUCAAGCUACAAUUGUGGGACACUGCUGGACAAGAAAGAUUUAGGUCCAUAACAAAAUCAUACUACAGAAAUUCAGUAGGUGCUCUCUUAGUUUAUGAUAUCUGUAACCGAGCCAGCUUUGAACAUAUUCCUCUCUGGAUGUCAGAGGCAAGAAGGCAUAUUGAACCUCACAGACCAGUUUUUGCACUGGUAGGCUGUAAGCUAGAUCUUAUUAAUAAUGGUGGGCAAAGAGAAGUGUCCAAAGAAGAAGCUAAGGCUUUCUCUGAUCAAUAUGGAUUGUUUCAUGUAGAAACAUCAGCAAAAAAUGGCAUGAAUGUAGAAGAAGCAUUUAGAUCUGUCACACAAGAAGUCUAUAAUAGAAUUCAAACUGGUGAAUAUAAAAUUGAGGAUGGUUGGGAUGGUAUAAAAACUGGUUUUGCUAGGCCUAAUGGCUUAGAUUUCAAUUUAGUGGAAGCUGAGCCUGCAAAGUCAUCUUGUUGUUAGUUAUAAAGAUGUUAAUUUAUGAUAAUCAUGGAUUAUCAACUCAAUUAUGUAAAUAUUAUUUAUAAGGUACAUUGAAUUGGUGAUAGUGAAGGUUGUAACUCAUAAAUGAAAAUACAUCUAUUGAACAAUGGUAAUAUUAAGUAAAGCCACAAAACUUCAACAGUGAGGUAUCUAACAUUACUUGAUUAUAUAUUCAGAAUUGGUAACUUUACUUUGGAGUUCUAUAUAUGCAUAGAUUAGGUAUUAAUUAAAUUGUGUAUUGGUACUCUGAACUUUGGAUAUGAUAUUUUAUCAUAUUACUAUGACAGAUAGGAUUGAAUUAUUUAUUUAUUGAAUUUUACAAAUUGAAUGACUCAGAAAUAGCCUUGGUUCAAUAAAUAUAGGUACAGACAAAAAGU